CCCUAGGUAAUCCAGAAUGGCUACUCUGAUCUAUGUUGACAAGGAAAAUGGAGAACCAGGCACCCGUGUGGCUCCUAAGGACGGGCUGAAGCUGGGGUCUGGGCCUUCAGUCAAAGCUUUAGAUGGGAGAUCUCAGGUUUCAACACCACAUGUUGGCAAAAUGUUUGAUGCUCCACCAGCUUUACCUAAAGGUACCAGAAAGGCUUUGGGAACUGUUAACAGAGCUGCAGAAAAGUCAAUAAAAACUAAUGGACCCCUCAAACAGAAACAGACAGCCUUCUCUACCAAAAAGAUGACUGAGAAGACCGUUAAAGCAAAAAGCUCUGUUCCUGCCUCAGAUGACACCUAUCCAGAAAUAGAAAAAUUCUUUCCCUUCAACCCAUUAGAUUUCGAGAGUUUCGACCUGCCUGAAGAGCACCAGAUUGCACACAUGCCCUUGAAUGGAGUGCCUCUCAUGAUCCUCGAUGAGAAGAGGGAGCUUGAACAGCUGUUACACCUGGGCCCCCCUUCACCUCUGAAGAUGUCUCCUCUACCGUGGGAGUCUAAUCUGUUGCAGUCUCCCUCAAGCAUUCUGUCGACCCUGGAUGUUGAAUUGCCACCUGUUUGCUAUGACUUAGAUAUUUAA